GUUUUCCUUUUGAUUUUCUCCUCUACAAUUAUUCUCAGUCUGCUUCCUCUGUUUUUCUUGCCUUCUUCUUAGUUUCUGCUCUUCUGUCUACUGGUUUUUACCUGGCAAUUGUGAAAUAAAAGAUAGAAAAUAAACGUUUUUGUUUAUUUUUUUUUUCUGUUUGUGUUUGCUAUGGUUUUUCUUGAUUCAAACAUUUCAUUCUGUGACUUUUUUUUUUUGUAUUUAAUAUCACAGAUUUAUUUGAAAAAAAAAACUUUAGUAAUAAUCAACUUUUAAGUCAUGGCAAUCUUUGAAGCGGAUCAAACACUAGUUGUUUUACUUUGCUUUGGCAAAGUAUUAUCUGUCUACUGAGCUGAGUUGCAAUAAAAGAUAUUUCUGAUUUCUGUGUUCCGUUUUGUUUCAAAAACAAUGGGAGAAGCAAGUGAAAACAGAAAGAAAAGUAGAGAAAUGCAUAAUCUUUUAUUACAGUUGGAGAAGUAUCCAAGAGAUCUGUUGCAGAGAUUUAAGUCAACCGGUGACACACAACAAUCGCAGGACCGUACACCAACUUCUCAUAACGAAGAAAAAGCUGAAGAAAUCGAGCUAAAUCUCGGCCUAUCGCUUGGUGGACGAUUUGGGGUUGACAAAAAUGCCAAGAAAAAGCUAAUACGAUCCUCAUCUAUUGCAGGCUCAAUACCGAUAUUUAGAGAGCUCGAUAUCGCAACAACACCUACAACGGCGUCAACUACAACGAUGACUGCACAGUCUGUAAUGUAUCCUGCACUUAUAAGAUCCUCUUCGUUGCCUACCGAGACAGAAGAGGAGUGGAGGAAGAGAAAGGAGUUGCAGACUUUGAGAAGAAUGGAAGCAAAGAGGAGGAGAAAUGAAAAGCAAAGGAAUUCUAGUUCAAAUGCUAGUGGAAAUGUAAAUGUGGAUAGGAUGGAGCUGAAUUUGGAGGAAGAGAAGCAGGCUUUGGCGGCGAAUAGGUCGUUGGGGUCGCCUUUUGGGAUGCAAAGCUGGGCUGCAGCGGCUAGGCAAGCCCUGCUUGCGGGUGGAGUAAAAGGUGGUGGUGGGUUCUUGCAAGGGUUGGUGCAACCUAGUUCACAGGGGUCUGUGGAGUCUCAAGGUGGUAGUUCAUCUGGCAUGUCUGAAUUGGAGAGUAAACCUAUUCAAGGAUCAAGUAGUGGUGGAGAGGCAAGGAGCCCUACUAGCACCCGUUCCUGGCAAGACCGAAGCAGUCAAGAGCUUGUAGGUCCUUCAGGGACAAAUACAGACGAAAACGCCGGGAGAAGUUCCAUGACGCAGAAGGAGAAUCCACCCAAGAAACUUGAAUCCGCAAGUAGUGGGAUUAAGGCAUAUGAAGAUAUGCCUUCUGUCUUCACCAAAGGAUCUGGCCCUAAUGGAAGAAGAAUAGAUGGUAUUUUAUACAAGUAUGGAAAGGGCGAGGAAGUGAGAAUAAUGUGUGUAUGCCAUGGCAGUUUUCUAUCUCCGGCAGAGUUUGUCAAGCAUUCAGGCGGUGGCGAUGUCGACCACCCACUUAGGCAUAUUGUAAUAAACCCUUCCCCUACUUCCUUUUCAUGACUUUUCUGUCAAAGCCACUACGCCUUCAAAAAUGGGGAUGUGAAAUAGGAUUAAAAAAACACAGAGAGAAUCUUAGAAAUUAAUCUUUCAUUUGAUUUUUCAAGUUCUUGAA